AUGAAAACUAUUGCUGGUGGAAACUAUAGUGCAUGUGGUUACCAGUUAGCUGAAGCAAUUUAUAGACUCCAUAAUUGGAAUAAACCAAAGGUUGAUACUAGCUGUGGAUUUCCAUGUACACAUACAUUAAAAGGACGUUUUCGCAAAUGGGAAUGGAAAUGGGAUGUAGAAUUUCGAUGUGAUACUAAGGCGCCGGAUAUUGUCGGCAAAGCGACACGUUAUAGUCGAGAUGGAGCAAAAGAAUGGGCUAUUAGAGAUUUUGUAAAUAAAGCUAUUGCUGCCGAUCAUAUUAAACUUAAAGAUGUCAAAUGUUAA